AUGGCGACCUAUGCGCUCCCCGAGUCGCACAAGCAGAUGCUUGAGAAGUCUCUGCUUGACUCCGACCCCGAGAAACAUGAGAUUCAGCGGCAACGCGAGUCCAUCAUCCUCAUCGCCUCCGAAAAUGUCACGUCUCGUGCCGUCUUCGAUGCUCUUGGCUCCCCCAUGUCCAACAAGUACUCUGAGGGUUACCCCGGCGCUCGGUACUAUGGUGGCAACCAGCACAUUGACGAGAUCGAGCUUCUUUGCCAGAAGCGUGCCCUCGAGGCCUUCAACGUCGAUGGUGCCAAGUGGGGCGUCAACGUCCAGUGCUUGAGUGGCAGCCCUGCCAACCUUCAGGUUUACCAGGCCAUCAUGCCUCCCCACGGAAGGCUGAUGGGCCUGGACCUCCCCCACGGUGGCCAUCUCAGCCACGGCUACCAAACUCCCCAGCGGAAGAUCUCCGCUGUCUCGACCUACUUCGAGACCAUGCCCUACCGGGUCGACCUCGAGACCGGCAUCAUCGACUACGACAUGCUCGAGAAGAAUGCCCAGCUCUUCCGCCCCAAGAUUCUCGUUGCCGGUACCUCGGCCUACUGCCGUCUGAUUGACUACCAGCGCAUGCGCAAGAUUGCUGACUCGGUUGGCGCCUACCUGGUUGUCGACAUUGCCCACAUCUCCGGCCUGGUUUCCUCCGGCGUCAUCCCGUCGCCCUUCGACUACGCUGAUGUCGUCACCACCACCACCCACAAGUCCCUCCGUGGCCCCCGUGGUGCCAUGAUCUUCUUCCGCAAGGGUGUCCGCUCUGUCGAUGCCAAGACCGGCAAGGAGACACUCUAUGAUCUGGAGGACAAGAUCAACUUCUCCGUCUUCCCUGGACACCAGGGUGGCCCCCACAACCACACCAUCACCGCCCUUGCCGUCGCGCUCAAGCAGGCUGCCACCCCUGAGUUUAAGGAGUACCAGAAGAAGGUGGUCGCCAACGCCAAGGCUCUCGAGAACAAGUUCAAGGAGCUUGGCCACAAGCUCGUCUCCGACGGCACCGACUCGCACAUGGUCCUCGUCGACCUCCGCCCCUUGUCCCUUGAUGGCGCUCGCGUGGAGGCCGUCCUUGAGCAGAUCAACAUCGCCUGCAACAAGAACAGCGUUCCCGGCGACAAGAGCGCCCUCACCCCCGGCGGUCUGCGUAUCGGCACCCCGGCCAUGACCAGCCGUGGUUUCGGCGAGGCCGACUUCGAGCGCGUUGCUUCCUACAUCGACGCUAGCAUCAAGCUCUGCAAGGAGAUCCAGGGCGCCCUGCCCAAGGAGGCCAACAAGCUCAAGGACUUCCGGUUCAAGAUUGCUAGCGGCGAGGUUGCCCGCAUCAACGAGCUCAAGAAGGAGAUCUCGGACUGGUGCCACACCUUCCCCCUCCCCGUUGAGGGCUGGCGUAUGGACGCCGGCAUCUAA